AUGGCCCAGUCGCAAUUUUCUUUAAUGUGGGAUGCCCACAAGAAGAAUAUAUGCCACGGAUUAAGCAGUUUGCAGCAGAAUGGUGAAUUUGUGGACAUGACCCUUGCUGCAGAUGGCCAUCUGGUGAAGGUGCACCAAGUGAUUAUUGCAUUGGCCAGUCCUUAUAUUAAGGAGUUGAUAUCUACGGCGCAAUGCCCGCAUCCCGUGAUAUUUCUCAAUAAAAUAUCAUACCAAACUUUAUGUUCGCUGUUAGAGUAUGUAUACACUGGUGAGGUGCUAGUGUCCAUAGAGAAUCUAAAUGAACUACUGGAAGCUGGGAAGGAACUUCACAUACAAGGUCUUGAAGAUAUGAAAUUAAGUGACACAAGUACACAACAAGCACCUGAGACACCACAAAAUGACAACGAGACGGAUUGUAAUAUGGAAAGCCUUGAUGAAGAAAUUAGUUAUUUUGAAAUAACGAAGGAUACUGAAGAUGGAACAAAAUAUAUGACCAAUAUAAUGGUCAAGAGUGACAAUGGUACAAGAAUACUGGAUACGACAGCUGUAGAGGAGAAUUACGACGAGGAACAAGAUGAUGAGGACUCCAUGUCAAACGACAAGAACAUCACUGAAACUAAACAUAGUAUUUCUACGAGCCCCAAUUUAAGUGUAAUGCAGUUCACAGUAUCAAAUCAAGGGUCUUUACAAAUGAUUCUGAACCGCUACAUGUACUACUUGAAGUACACAAAUAGGAACAACAUGCGACAGUGGCGCUGUGUGGACUACCUUAGCAAUAUCAAGUGUCCUGCCCAUGUAUUUACCAAAGAUGACAUUGUUGUACAGAGGAUAUCAGCACACGUACACCCGUUCCACGACAAAAGGAUAUUGAAGAAACUAAAGGCAGGCGCAGUGUUCUCAGCGAUACACGAAGCGGAACAACAACAGAUAUUUAAAAGAAAUGAUACUAAUAUAAGCGAUUGA